AUGAAGCCGUGGGUUGCCGUGAUUGACAGGCAGGUUCUUCGACGCAAUGCUGCGGAGAUUCAGCCCACGGAGAGUGUGUUUAAUGCCCAUCACAUCACACAGAAUCAGCUUCUGCGGGUGCAGCAGCGCGUCCGCGAGCUCGUCGAGGAGAACGCGAGGCUGGACGAGCAGUGCAAGAGUCCAUUGCAGUACGUGCGGACGCUGGAGCUUGCGUCAGCCGGUGCCAUUAACUCCGCAGCUCGUGGAGAAGAACUGGAGGCGAGGGUAGAGGAGCUGCAGAAACAGCUGCAGGAGAGUAUCACAAGGGAGAAGGAUUACUACAAAAGUCUUUACGAGGCCAAGCGCCUCGCCGAGGAGAACAAGGCGCUGCAGGGAGAGGUAAGUCAGUUGAAGGAGCAAGAGGCACAACACGAAAACGUAUUACGGAUCCUAAGAAAUGAUUACGCCGCACUCAAACAGGAGAAUAACGUGGUUAGGCCAAAACUGAACACGCUUAUCAGCGAACGGGAUCGCUGCAUCAAGGAGCUGCUUGCCGCCAAGGACACGAUGGCGCGGAUGCAGGACACCAUUUUGGAGUACGAGGAUAAGCUGAAUCAGAUGCGGCGGAAAAAACGGGAGGAAAGCGGUGGACCCGCGGGAUCGAUGUAUGUAGACCCAGUGGUGAGCAACUUAGUUUGCAAGCAUCACACGCCGAGGGACCCUACAGCCAUCCGACGGGAUGUCGCUAGUGCGUUGGAGGUUGCAGUCGCGAGUAGUCAGGCAUACGCCAUCAAUCAAGCGCACGGCGAUCGAUUGUUGUACGCGAUAUGUGCUGCGGAUAGCGGAAACCUACUUGUCUCCGCCGGUGGGGAUCGAAUGAUUCGUCAUUGGGAGUAUAGUACCGGGAAACUGCUGCGCAGUCAUCCCAGCACAGACGUGCCACUCUGCGUGGACAGCAGCUCGCAUUACUUACUUUCCGGUUGCGCCGAUGGUAUUGCCCGAUUUUGGGACAUGCAUGCUCUGCGCACUGUGGAGCUGACGGGACAUCGUGAGAAGGUGGUGGCGGCGUAUCUUUCCCCGUCUGCUCACACCGCAUUCACCGCGAGUUCAGAUCGUACCAUCAAACUUUGGGAUGUUCGAAACGGGUCGUGUCAGCGAACCAUCAUGUGUUGUAGUAGUUGCAAUGACGUUUGCGUGGGUGGUUCCUUCAUUCUUUCAGCGCACUACAACGGAAGCAUCUGGGUCUGGGACCGCCGCACAAAUGAUCACGGCACAGAGAUCAAACACGCUCAUCAGAAGGGCGUCACAUGUGUUCGUUUAGACCCCAGUGGUCAGCGGUGCGUUUCACUCGGGCGCGACGGCUCUGUCUGUGUGCGUGAUGUACGAGAUAUGUCCCGUGAGUUCCUUCGCAUUGAAGAUAGUGGGUUGCGUUGCUCAACAAACCUCGCACGCCUUGCGGUAAGUCCAGACGGAAGGCUCUGCGCCUUGGGCAAUCUGCAUGGGGCAAUUCUCUUUGUUUCACUCGAUACCGGUCGCGUGCUCGAAGAAAAGCUUUUGGGAGGGCACACGAUGGCAGUUCACAGUGUUGUGUGGACGCUUUGUGACUCGACGCCGAUGCUUGCCUCCAUUGGAGAGGACAAGCGUAUUGUUGUGUGGCGGUAA